UAUACGUUUUCUGUUCUCUUUCUCUCUCUCCCCUUCUCUCUAUAUCUCGAUCUUUCAACGGGCAAAGGUUUCUCCUUUCGAAACGAAAACCAUCUCUCUCUACAGAUGGUUUCUAUUGGGCUUUGAGAGGGGUUCUUCGUUAGCUUCACUUCUCUGCUAUCAACGGGUUGUAUCUACGAAGAAUUAUAUAUAUGGGGAAGGUGGAGUUGGAGGAACGAUGCCUUGAGAACAAGCAAUCGGCAGCUGCUUCUAGCUCAUCCAUCUCUGAAGGUAGUAGCGGCAUUGUCUUGCCAAAAUCCCCACGAACUUCUAGUCCAACUGCUACAUCUCCACCUCAUCGAAGGACAAGUGGACCUAUCAGAAGAGCAAAAGGGGGAUGGACUCCAGAGGAGGAUGAGACGCUAAAAAAAGCUGUUGGUGUUUUCAAGGGCAAAUGCUGGAAGAAAAUAGCUGAAUAUUUUCCUGAUAGAUCAGAAGUCCAGUGUUUGCAUCGGUGGCAAAAGGUUCUUAAUCCAGAACUUAUUAAAGGUCCAUGGACUCAAGAGGAGGAUGAAAAAAUUGUUGAACUUGUGAAAAGAUACGGGCCCACAAAAUGGUCUCUGAUUGCAAAGUCUCUCCCAGGUCGUAUUGGGAAACAGUGUCGCGAAAGGUGGCAUAAUCAUUUGAAUCCAGAUAUAAAAAAGGAUGCUUGGACCCUGCAAGAGGAAUUAGCCCUUAUGAAUGCACAUCGUGUGCAUGGAAACAAAUGGGCUGAAAUAGCAAAGGCAUUGCCUGGAAGGACUGAUAAUGCAAUAAAGAAUCAUUGGAAUAGUUCUUUAAAGAAAAAGUUAGAUUUUUAUUUAGCCACUGGAAACCUUCCAACUGUUUCCAAGCACGAUGGAGACAUGAGCAAAAUAAGUUCAACCGGAAAACUGAUAACUUGUUCGGUUACAACCGCCAGGUCAUCACCAGGACCCGCAGAACAACGCAAGGUAGAACCAGAUUCCAUGGAUGAUGAUAAUAACAUAGAAUGCUCAACCCCUUCACAAGACAUAGAUGCUUCCUCAGCUUUUCUCCAAUCCGGAUCCACUGAUUCCGAAGCCGUUGGAAUCAGGUCACACCCUUCAAAGAUUGAUCUUAGUCACCUUAGUCGGAAUCUUGUUCCAAAGUUCGAGAGUUGCAGUACGAUUCCGAUUCCGAUUCCAGUCCGGGAUGGAAUCAAUCAGGAGACGUUAAAUGCGACUCCGAUUCAGUCCGUGAUUCCGACGUAUGGUUCUUUGUAUUAUGAGCCGCCACAAAUUGGAAGUUUCAUGCCGACGGAAUUGGGUGUUCUUUAUAUGCCAUGGAAUUCCCGUGACUACAAUUCAAUUCCAAUGAUAUCACCUCGGUGCUCUUCAACUCCGCCUUAUGCCGACAAGUGUGGCAGUGGCGGCUUACAUGCUCAAACCCCGGAAUCAAUCUUGAAAAUUGCCGCCAAGAGUUUUCCAAAUACGCCUUCGAUAUUGAGAAAGAGAAAAGACCAGUCGUCUCUUUCGUUUCACAAGAUUCCGAAGGGUGAUGAUGUGGCAAGGGUUUUGAGCGCUGAUAAUUCAAGGAAAGGUAACAAUGAUUUGGAGGAAUCGGAAUCGGAAUCACAUGGUGUAGGUACUGUGAAUACGACAUAUAAUGCAUCUCCCCCUUAUCGAUUAAGGUAUAAACGAAAGUCAACUUCAAAGUCAGUGGAAAAACAGCUUGAGUUCAGAUUUGAUGAGGAGUUGUGUAAGAGUGAAACAAGAUCUGCAGAUUUGGGUGUGAAAGACAAUUCUGUGACCAAUGCCGCCUGUUCGAAUGCAUCAUAACAUAUAUUAGUGGAUUACUCUUGAACUUCUGAAAUUGUUUACAAAGGAUUGCUGCCACGUUGUACUUAAGGAGGGAUGCUCUCAAACACAUAUCUUGCACAAAGCAGUUAAAGAGAUAUUAGAUCUCUGCAAAUAUUACCAAAACUGAAUGCUUCAAAAUAGAGAAAAUAUAUUUAAUGAUCUUUGUUUUUUUUUUUUUUUGAAGAGCAGAUUGGAAUUUAGGUAGCUUAAAGAGGUUUUGAUGAGUCACAAAGACUUGUGGUUAGAUUAGCUACCCAUGCCACUUUUUUAGUAAGAUUUAAGAUUUUGAAAAUGUGUUCAUGUACAACAAAGGUUCAUCAAAAUGUGAAAAGUUAUGGUGAGGCCAUGUUUUGUGA